UAUCUCUGAUUUUAAAUGUCCUGCAAGUAGUGAUUUUCUGACAGAAUCAGCUGUAAAGUAAUGGAAACAAUAUUACCAUCAUUAUACACAUGUAAAAUUCAAUUUGAAGAAGCAAAGAACCGUAUUUCUUUCUUUCUGGGAAAACGAGAUUUUCUUAUCAAUACAUCAGUUGUGAUAAUUUUACGAUAUCGUAGAUUCCGACGUUGUUUUCUACCUGUAGUUCCCUGCUGGCACAGACACAAACAAGGUUGGCUGGGGGAGUGACGGACGUGAAGUACUGAAUAAUUGAGUUUGCUACAAUUAAGAACCCGGGGAAUUUGAACUUACUCGGGUUGAGCCUUGCGUGUUUCGUACUUAUCAGCGUCUGUUAGUCGAUAUUUCUUAAUUAAUACGGCAGUAAUGUUUUGUAAAUGGGUGAUGUUCGUGUUAGUUUUGUCUUUCCAUCUCAUCCAGUUAUGUGAAAGUGAAAUAGAUGUACAGAAGGAUACUGACACUGGAAGUUGCGGUUGCGGAUCAGCUGACAGAAAGACAAUUAAGAAUUUGGAAAGGUCUGACAAUAGCUUGGAUGCAUCUGAAAUGGAUGCAAGAGAGAAAUAUUUCGCAGCGUCGAAUGUGCAGUCACCAUACCCCAGAACAAAUAAUAUGGUAUAUAUUAAAGGUGGAAGUUUUACCAUGGGUACUAAUAAGCCACUGUUUGUAGCCGACGGAGAAGGUCCAGCUAGGGAAGUGAAGAUCGAUGAUUUUUUCAUGGAUGUUCACGAAGUUAGUAAUGCAGAGUUUGAAUUGUUCGUUAAUAGCACAGGGCACAAGACAGAAGCGGAAUCUUUCGGUGACUCCUUUGUAUUUGAGUCAUUACUGAGUGAAGAUACAAAAUCAAAAAUAACACAGGCAGUCGCUGCUGCACCUUGGUGGCUCCCCGUGAAGGGCUGCAAUUGGCGCCACCCUGAAGGUCCAGAUUCGGAUAUAAGAGACCGUAUGGAUCAUCCGGUGAUCCAUGUGUCCUGGAAUGAUGCUUCAAAAUACUGUUCUUGGGCACAGAAAAGAUUACCAACUGAAGCUGAGUGGGAAUACGCCUGCCGUGCUGGACUCAACAAUCGUUUAUAUCCUUGGGGCAACAAGAUUCAGCCUCAUGGUGAGCAUCGAGCAGCUCCUAGCCUACCUGUGAAGUUGAUCUCUCAUUUAGCUGAGACUGAGAAAUUGGUUAUAAUAUUGAAAGUCUGUUCAUACACAGUGUCUUCUAUUAACUGGUUAUGGAUUUCACUUUUUCAGACGGGUCCUGAGUCAGGAACUGACAAAGAAAAAGGUGGUUCAUAUAUGUGCCACCACAGUUAUUGCUUCAGAUACAGAUGUGCAGCACGGAGCCAGAACACUCCGGAUAGUUCUGCUGGUAACCUCGGAUUUCGCUGUGCUGCAACCGCACUACCUGAAUACUUAAAACACUAAUGCUUAAAAAUGUUGCUACAAAAGAUGGAGUUUAGAACCAGACGGGCACCGCACAGGGCAGUGGACUUAAGUGAAUGUUACGUACUUAAUAUUCGGACAUGUGAUGGCAUAUAUUUUUGUAUGUGGUUUAUAGAUGUUUAGCUUUGAUAUUGGGAUUUUUGUUUUCUGGUUGAGUCCAGUUUUUAUUGUAACGAUGAGAAUGGUGUGUAGAUAUGAUUUGGGUUAUGCUCUCUCACAGCUUAAGAAACAAUGCAACAGGGACCAACAAGGAGGGAACGAUACGUAACUUCUGCAAUGCAGGAAGUGACCACUAUGGAAAACCGUGCUUUUCUCUGUAUGUAUGUAUGUAUGUAUGUAUGUAUGGUAUGCAUGUAUUUAUGUAUGGAAUACCAAGAACGUUUGGCCUGUAAUUAUGAAAUGCCACUCAUGAAACUAAACUAAAUAGUGCACUACAAUACUCAAUAGUAACUAUCAGUCUUAUGCCAUUGAAGUGCCUUCUGAAAGUGAACGUUUUAAAUUUUGUUUGACUGUGACAAAGAAGGCCACUGCAGGUGAAAUUUGUAUCUGCAUAAACACACACACACACACACACACACACACACACACACACACACAGAGAGAGAGAGAGAGAGAGAGAGAGAGAGAGAGAGAGAGAGAGAGAGAGAGAUUGCAAGAGUUCCAUCAGUGUAUUCAUGUUGAAAGGGUUAUUUCUCUAAGACAAUAAAUGAAAAUCCUGCCACAUCUAGAAUUCUCAAAUUCUGUAGCAGAAAAUGAUGUAUAUGUAUUUUAUUGGUUGAUGUUCCUUGGUAUAUAUUGUACUUAAAAGUUUAUGUUCCUGAUACAAAGUCUUCCAGACGUAUAUGUAUGUUCAUUUGUUAUGAAAAAAUAAAAUAUUAUUGUAUGCCA